UGGACGUAUACACAAGCAACAUGGAAGUAGUACCGGUUAUCGUUUUUAUUUCAUCAUUUUGUUUCAGCAGAGCGAAAAUUCCGAUGUACAAGUUGGACCCUUGGUGGCCAGGAUUCCCAUCUAUUUUCACUGGUCCAGUUUACAGCGCGGCAGUAGAUGACCAAAAGGGAGAAAUAUACGUGUCACAACGUGGAGAAAAGGUGCCUCCAGUCCUUGUCUUCAGUAUGUAUGGGGAUUAUCUGAGAUCAUUUCCUUUUGAACCCAAUGUAAUCAAUAUGGUGCAUGGGAUGAGGAUAUUUCAAAAUGCAACAUCGGGAGAGACCAGUCUUUGGCUAACAGACGUUGGCAAUGGCACCCUUGGACACACAGUCAAGAGUUUCUCUUCCGCUGGCACAUUGGAACGUGUUCUUGGCACCGCGGGCAAGGCUGGCAGUAGAUUGGCCCCGCUUCAGUUUGACCAAGUAGCGGACAUCGCCCUAAGUAGGGAUGGAGAGAUGUUCAUCGUUGAUGGGGACGGAGGUUUGAAUAACAGACUCAUCAAACUUGACAGAGACUUCCAGGUAGCCUGGCACAGAGGUGUCAAUGGGACGGCAGCAGGACAAUUUCAUAUUCCACACAGUGUUGAGUUGGAUGGCAUAGGGCGUGUCUGGGUAGCUGACCGGAUGAAUGGAAGACUACAGGCAUUCAAGCAGGACACAGGAGACUUCAUUGGAGAGUGGACCUCAUGUUUUCAGGAAGGGGAACCCUAUUCAGUCAGGUUAAGUGCCGACCACACCCACUUAAUUGUUACCCAACUUAAAGCCAAUCGGAUUCUCUUUAUUGCAUCACCCCGGCAACCAGGAGUGAUUGGUAACUGUACUGUGCUUGACAGCAUCCAAUUGGCAGAGGACAUACAGCCACAUCUUGUGGCAGUUAGCCAAUCAGAUGGAGCGUUCUAUGUUGGAGAACUUGCUGCUAAGGCUUGCCAAAAGUUUGUGCGUGUUACCUGACAGACGUGUAUGAAAUAAAUACAACUGCAUCCAUCCAUCCAUGCAGUCAACUGUUUCAUGGAAAUAAUGUUUGAUUUUUCACCAGAUUUUUCAGUUCGUCAAAGGAAAUUUGUUGAGGAAAGGAUGAUCGAAGUAUUUUUUUUUAAAGAGUAAAGAUGUAAAUGCUGCAAUCUACCCUCUUCAUAUUUCAUCAAUAUGACUUUUGACAUUGGGUCAGUGAUGUGGUUAGUGAGAGGAUUAACUUAAGUCCCAGGGGGGUAGCCAGUAAAUUUGCAGGGAAAGUUGGGACCAAGUUUCUUGAGGGGUACCAAAUGGUAGGAUCUAUAUUCAAGUAGCAGGACCCAGUAGUUGUUUUCAAUUUUGUUUUUUGGGGGGGAAGGGAACAUGUCUGCCCCACCCUGGAAAAAUCCCCUUCUUUACUUGUUUAGUGCAUUUUAACUUUUUUUAUUGUUUGAGAAAUACUUGUUAAAAAGACCAACUUUUGAACUGCAAUGAAAGGUAUAGUUAUUUGCAUAUUUCAUUUAAAAUGUUAGAGUGUUACACAUAAUGCAUUGUAAAGUGACUGGGGUUCUUUUCUGCUGUCCUCAUUUACAUUCACAAAAUAAUGCAUAUUUAACUCAGGGAUGGGACUGGCUAAUUACAGUAUCUUGAAGGGUUCAAGUUCUUUGAUUAAUGCAUUUGAGAAUGGAUAUGAUAGAUUGCCUGUUAUUUCUACGUGGCCAUUAUCACUUAUGUACAUACCCAAAUAAAUUUUACUGGGAAACUGUUCUCUACUUGAGCUUUUUUUUCACAGAUGUUACAUAUCACUGAGUGACUCAAAGAUGUUUGUUAGGACAAUAAUGUCUGAAAUGGAAAUUACCUUGGUGGUGUUACAGAAAGAUGACCAUGCAUGUCGCAGUGAGAUAUGUGAAGAAUUAGCUGUUCUGAAUGACAAUGACAUUCCCUUUCUAGCUGUAUCACUGAAACCCUGUAUUGGUAUGUCCCCAGAAUAUAGUAUGAUAAAUGUCUCAAAAACCUUGUCACAUUUCUCUUGGCCAACACAAUUUUCAGUGUAAUCGGGGAGGGAUAUUCUGUGUUCAGUUCUGUGUAUUAAAACUGUGCUAAGCUGUAGGGCAAUUCUUACCACAUUAUUUUUCUUUCACCCCAACUUCCGUAUGAAUGACUUUGAAAGUUCCAAAGCUGCCCCUCUAAACCUUCCAUAGAAGUUGACAAACAGGGCCUGAAUACGCACCAAAGAUGUACACUAUAUUAAAAAAAAACAGUUCAGUAGGAGCUUGUGACCUAAGUUCCUGACAACUUUACCAUUGUUCAUUGGCAACUUUAUUGGCAAUAAAGAGAGUAUUAAAUAAAAUGAUUGAAACACGUAUGAUGCUUGAACCAACAGCUAAAGUUUGAACGUAGAUAAAUGAUUUAUAACCACAACUAGAAAGAAAAUACCCAUUGGGCCUUGGACAUACAGUUGCUGGAACAAUUCUUCCGAGCUUGCUUGUUCAUGACACUGUGAGAGGAAACUGAGGAAAACCCAUA